AUCGUUGUGCGUGCGCGCUCGCUCGCGUGCGCGCGUCCGCGGUGGUGACGGGCAUGGCGGUGUGUGCUCGGCUCUGCGGCGUGGGCCCCGCGCGUGGGUGCCGCCGCCGCCAGCAGCGCCGCGGCCCGGCUGAGACUGCGGCGGCGGACAGUGAGGCGGACACGGACCCCGAGGAGGAGCGCAUCGAGGCGGGGCCGGCGCGUUGCUCCCUGCUGGAGCUCCCGCCCGAGCUGCUAGUGGAGAUCUUCGCGUCGCUGCCCGGCACCGACCUGCCCAGCCUGGCGCAGGUCUGCAGCAGGUUCCGCCGCAUCUUGCACACGGACACCAUCUGGAGACGGCGUUGCCGCGAGGAGUAUGGCGUUUGUGAGAACCUGCGGAAGCUAGAGAUCACAGGCGUGUCUUGCCGGGACGUCUAUGCAAAGCUGCUUCACCGAUACAGACACAUUUUGGGGCUGUGGCAGCCAGAUAUUGGGCCGUAUGGAGGAUUGCUGAAUGUUGUGGUGGAUGGACUGUUCAUCAUUGGCUGGAUGUACCUGCCUCCUCAUGACCCCCACGUUGGGGACCCCAUGCGAUUCAAGCCACUAUUUAGAAUCCAUCUGAUGGAGAGGAAGUCGGCCACGGUGGAGUGUAUGUAUGGCCACAAAGGGCCCCACAAUGGCCACAUCCAGAUCGUGAAGAAGGAUGAGUUCUCCACCAAGUGUAACCAGACAGAUCACCACAGGAUGUCCGGUGGGAGGCAGGAGGAGUUUCGGACGUGGCUGAGGGAGGAGUGGGGUCGCACGCUGGAAGACAUCUUCCAUGAGCACAUGCAGGAGCUGAUCCUCAUGAAGUUCAUCUACACCAGUCAGUACGACAACUGCCUGACCUACCGACGGAUCUACCUCCCACCCAGCCACCCUGACGACCUCAUCAAGCCCGGCCUCUUUAAGGGCACCUACGGCAGCCAUGGGCUGGAAAUCGUGAUGCUGAGCUUCCACGGCUCACGAGCCAGGGGCACCAAGAUCACGGGUGACCCCAACAUCCCCGCGGGGCAGCAGACUGUAGAGAUUGACCUACAACGCCGCAUCCAGCUACCGGACGUGGAGAAUCUCCAGAACUUCAACGAGCUCUCCAGAAUCGUCCUGGAGGUCCGAGAGCAGGUGCGGCAGGAGCAGGAGGCUGGCGAGGUCCCCGCCCCAGCCUGGGAGCCUUCAGCCAAGGGCCCUGCUGGGCCACCAGUGAAGGACAGCAAAGAGCCUGGCAGUGGAGCUGAGGCAGCUGAGCAGCCGGCCUCGUCUGGGCAGGGACAGCCGUUUGUGCUUCCUGUGGGUGUCAGCUCAAGGAAUGAGGAUUACCCCCGCACCUGCCGGCUAUGCUUCUACGGCACGGGCCUCAUCGCCGGCCAUGGCUUCACGAGCCCUGAGCGCACCCCCGGCGUGUUUGUCCUGUUCGACGAGGACCGCUUUGGGUUUCUCUGGCUGGAACUGAAGUCCUUCAGCUUGUACAGCCGAGUCCAGGCCACCUUCCAGAACGCUGACGCGCCAUCGCCACAGGCCUUUGACGAGAUGCUCAAGAACAUCCAGUCUCUCACCUCCUGACCUCCACGUGGGCGGAGACGCUGCACCGGGGCCCCGGGUGGGGGAAGCAUGCACUUUAGAAAUGAACGCAGACCUCCUCAUUGGGGUCCUGGUCGCCCCGAGACGCUUCUUGUAUAGUGUGUAACAUAUUCUUGUACAUUUGAUUUGUUGGUAGCGAUGAAGGUUGAACGUUUAGCAUGGUGGGAAAAUAAAUGGAGUUGAGCCAGGGUGAGUCUGAAUGGCGGCUGCCUGUGGCACAGGGAUCAGAUGGAUGCCUGCAGGUCCUCUGGAGCAAGCGAAUGUCUUUAGGGUUACAAUGCAGCCACCAUGGGUCGUGGGGGCGGGCUUCUGCUGCACCCGUGCCCUUCCGAUGACCUAAACAGUCACUGCUGGGAGGCGAACUGUGGGAUUCCAUUUCCUCACUGGCUUGCCUAGAUUUUGGACAAGGGCAUUCCACCAUGGUCUGCUUUUCUGUCCUGGUUGCUAGGAGCCACCACUCUGGCCCCCAUGACCUCUAGGCCACACCUACUCUAACAGUAGAGCUAAGCUGUCAGGCCAGCCACUUGCUUGUCCCCAGCAGCCGCAUGCUCUCCCUUGGUCCUCUAUACAUGUAUAUCUGGAGGGCCUGCCCUGCUGGACACCACGUCCCUGAUGCGUUCAUUUCAGGGCUGUGCUGGUGCCUCUCCCGGUGUUGGCGGUGUCAGCGGCGGAUGCUGUGAAGGUCUUUGUAGGUGACUGGGAGAAGACAGUCCUCUAGACAGUCACACUUCUGUGUGGCCGUGUGCCUGGGCUUACCUGCUCGGAGACCCUGUGUGCUGGGGCAUGCUAGCAUCUGUGAUUGGGAACCCUGUCUGAGCCCAGCAUUAGUGUCUCCUAAGAGCAGAGACCAAGAGCUCAGACCUUUGGAAGCGCCUGCCAGAGCUUCCAGUGUUAGCAUGCUUCUAGGCUGCCCUUCCCCCACCCACCCCCCACCCCCCCGGCUGUUCAUCCUCUGUGGCUUCGGCAAGAACUCAUCCUACUGGUGAGGCACCUUAGGAAGAUGGCAGCCACAUAAGGAUGGCCUAUCCUGACAGCUGGAAGGGCCGGUACCCUCAGGAGAGGUGGUGUGGUGAAGGACCCUUGCAAGCUGGCUUUAGAAUGCUGGCUUGUUGUGAGCUGCAGCAGAACCUGCAGUGAGCUGCCAGGCUGGGUCCUGACCUCUAGUGUCUCUUGUAGAAUUGGGCCCCAGGCCUUUUGUUACCUCCUCUGUUAGUCAUGAGAGGCUUUGGACAGUGGUGGAUGUGACUAUGAAACCACAAGGUCAGUGGAGACCAGGCAGCUGGGCAUGCAGGUGGCUCUCGUCAGAUUUCACUGGAGAAAAACAAAAAGUAUGUGUUACCCAGAACCCAAGGCUUGCUCUGUGGCGGUUCUAGUUGGGGGUUUUCUUACGUGUCCUUGGCUGCUUCUGGUUAAGUAGGGGCAGUCACGCCAUGUUAGCCAACCAUACACUGGCUUUCCUAAACACACUGCUACAGAUGAGGGUUGAUGCGGGCUGACAUCCCUGUUGGAUGUAGCACUUCCUCAGAGAACAGCUAGGCCCCGGACUUCCGCUGGGGCAGGUGGACAUCUUUGUCCCUGGGCCUCACCAGGUUGGCACUGUUGGCUGGACAAGGUGCCUUGUGGGUUUAUUCACUUGGCCUGCCCUGCUGUGUGGAGAUAGAUGGUGUGGGUAAGGUCAAGGGCAAGCCUCAGGGAGUUUCUAGUGGGGACUGAAUUCUUUCAAGUGGGGAUAUUGCUAAUGUCUGCUUACAUCCUGAUUUGAUCAGGCCUGGCGGUGUCAGGACAUUGGCUGUCACUACUCAGACCUCAGACAUCUGCAGUCUGUCAGUGGUGGGAGCUCUGGACUCCAUGUCUUGGUCCUGCCUCACCUUGUGUCCCUUGGGCAUCAGCUGUCUGGCUCCUUGUGUCACGAGUUCAGACUCUGGGCCACUCUGCAUACUUCCAGUACUUCCUUUUGGGAUCUCCCCGUCCCUGCAUGUCUACCUAUAGAGCGGGUGCUUGCCAGUGGCUUCUGGCCAGAUGCUGCGCCAGUCAGGCCUUCCUCACAUCAUGCGGUGAGGCACUUGCCUGUUAGCCGCCUUCCUUCACCAAGAACCUGGAGCUGAGCAGGCUGUGGCCUGGCCAGCCAGGCCUCCUCCCUGGCUGCUGGCUGCUUACCCCAGCCCUCCAGUGGCUCUCUCUGCCAGGCUCGCUGUGAACAGCACACCACCUUUGUGUAUGUUCACUUUUUAGUACCUGUGGGCAUCAGUGGAGCAGAGCUAUCAGGCUCAGCUGUUAGGAUUUUGAGAACCCCAGGACACCCGCAUUUCCUAGUUUGGGGUUAUCUUUCUUAAGACAUUGGGGCACAGGUGACACCAAGCACCUCAUCUGUAGCGGGAUGCUGGGCAGAGCAGCUGAAUGUGCAGAGCCCCUUGCUCUGCUCCCUGCCUUUCUGUCUUGCCGGGGAAGUGUCCUGUGUCACCCUCACCUGGCUUGGAUCCACGUCCCCAGGUCACAUGCUGUGGAAGACCACGUCUGAGGUUCUGAGGUCUCCAGGGAGUGGGAUAGCUCUCUGGAGAAGCUGUAAAUGGGGUGGGGGUGGGGCACUAGUGUUCACAGCACCCCACAGCCCCAAUGGCCCAAUGACCUCCCAAGAAGGGUUUAAUGGUGGGUCGUGACACUGAAGGAACCUGCCGGGUGCUUCUGUGUGGCUGGAUCCUCUGCACGGAGACCAGCACAAAGCACCAGAAUGCUUUUCCAGCCUGUUUGGUGUGCUCACGAGCCUGUUUGGAGAGUGGGGUUUGUCUGGAGCAUGCCUUUCCCUCUCCCCUGCCAACUCUGGACAGAGGGUGGCUCUUAAAAGCUCUCUCAGGUCAGCUCUGCUUUGCCUAAGGGACAGGGAAGGACCCUGAAAAAGUAGCUGCUGUGUGCCUGGUGCCUGACGUCGCCUGUGACACUGGCCUAGGACGUGUGUGGCUCUCCCUUCAGUUCUCAGUAAACCUGUUUUUGAAGCCUUGU